AUGCCUCUGCUUAGAUCCAUUGCAACUAAUGGGCUACUCAUUCCCCGGGUUGCUAAGUCGAUCUGGGUAUCCAGCCCUGUACAAGUCCGUCUACAUUCUACGUCCAAAGCCAUACCAAGGUUGGCUCAACGUUCGGUAUGGACGUCUAUGAUCCCCAAGUUCCUGCGCAAUCGAAGUGCAAAGGACGCAUCGGAUACUCCCAAAUCGAAAGAAUGGAAUCCCGCCAGUUUCUACAUCAUCAUCUUUAUCUUGAUCGGCUCGCAAGCCAUUCGGAUGAUCGCGCUCAAAAACGACUACAAGGCGUACACGCGAACGACAGACGCUAAGAUCCUCCUCCUCCGCGAGGUGAUUGAAAGGGUUAAGAACGGGGAAAAAGUUGACGUUGAGAAACUGUUGGGGACCGGAGAUGCAGGGAAAGAGAGGGAAUGGGAAGAAGUGCUCCGGGAGAUCGAAGCAGAGGAUUCACUGUGGCAUCGCAAAUCCAAAAACUCGGGAGCGGAACAGCAGCCAGAAGUUCAGAAAGAACAGAAGUGGUUGGUGUCUACAGACAAGGAACCCGUGAUACCAGAAGAGAAAGAGAAUGCCGAACCCUCGAAAGACAGUUCCUCACAGCGGAAGAUCAAUUUCUUCUAA